AACACGAAAUUGAUAAACAAAUACUUGUAGUUUGGUGGACAUGGUGUUUGUCUUCGGGAUGAGCACACCACAUCGCUUCUCAUCCUUUCGGUGACGUCAUACUUUUCGUGUGAACUGUGAAGAUGUCAACUCCACCAAACCCUAACGAUGAAAAUCCCCAAAAUCCAGUUCCUGAGGCUGUAAAACCAGUGACCAAUGAACAACAAGAUGCUGACAAUGGGGCUGCCAAAGACGCAUCAAUAUUUGUCAACAAAGAACCAAUACGAGAGGACCAAGUGCAGAAUGCUGUAAAGUUUCUUUCACAUCCAAAAGUUAAGGGAUCCCCUGUUAUGUAUAGACGAUCUUUUCUCGAGAGAAAGGGCCUUACAAAGGAGGAAAUAGAUGAAGCAUUUCGUCGUGUUCCAGAUGAAUCCCCUAGUGUUUCAACUACUCAAACUGCUGUUGCAAAUCAAGGUGGCCAGCCACAGCCUGCAUCAAAUAUUCAACCACAAGCACCAACUCAAUCUGUGCAACCGGCACCAGCCGCUCCUGGUUCCAAAUUGGGGACUUUGACUGCAUCACGGUUCCAUUGGUCACAUGCUUUACUUGCUGUAGGAGUUCUUGCUAUUUCAGGAGCAGGAACAGCUGUAGUUUUCAAGAAUGCUGUUGUCCCUAGAUUGAAAUCUUGGAUCCGUAAAGUUGUAAAUGAAGAUGUAGAAGACGAUGCUGCAAAUAAAACAGACAAAAAACCGACAUUGGCUGAAGAAGCUGCUGCUGCAGCAAAAGCUGCGGCGGCAGCAGCGUCUGAUGUGGCACGUGCUAGCCAGGAGAUGUUGGCGUCAAAAACUGAAGAGAAGAAAUUCUAUGGGGAACUUUUGAGUCAAUUGGAUGUGCAAGUACAGGAAAUGAAGUCGAUGAGUAAUUCAAUAAGAAAGUUAGAAGGUCAAAGCAACAUUCAGGCGCGAGAAGUUCAAGUCACAAGCUCAAGGCCGCCUUCUUAUACAAAUGGCAGGGCAGACUACGACUCACGUUCAGCAAGAUCCUUGUCACCGCCACCUGCAUCUGUAGAACCCUCUGCUAAUCCACCUCACCCAAAAUCUUAUAUGGAGAUAAUGUCUAUGAUUCAAAGAGGCGAGAGGCCUCCCAACAUCCGAGAAAUUGAUGAUCGGCCACCAAACCCUGACCAACCUGUAUCAAAUCCUCGCUUAGCACCGAAACCUAAGCCUUGGGAAGCGGUGCAGUCACAGGGCAGCUCGACCUAUCCUCCUGAAAACAGCAACGGGCUUAACUACUAUGGUCAAGAUAACGGGUCUGGGUCUGCAUCAGGCGCAUCCGUGUACCAGCCCAACGGGGAAGGUUCAGCACCUUGGUGGCAACAAAAGAAUGUUCGAAUCACUGAAAUGGAUGCUGAGGAGAGCAAGACAGGCUAUCCUGGUGGGACCAGUGAGCGACCUGUUCAACGACCUUCAUGGACCCCACCUCAACCACCUCCUGUAGCUAUGGCGGAAGCAGCAGCCGCCAUCAGGCAACCAAAAAAAUCACCUUUUGAGAAGGAACAACAUUUGACCGACGAGCAGUUCCUGUCUCGUUCGGCGUCUGAGGCGACCGAUGAAUUACAGAGGAUUACGAAAAUAUCUGAAUCUGGCGGUGUGGCGGCAGAUGGUGGUGGGGUGGCAGAUGGGGGUGGUGCAGGGAGUUCAGUUGUGACGAACACAAAUGAGAUACAAAGAGAGGAAGGUUCUUAUUAUGAGGUUUGAGCACCCCACCAAUCCUAAUUUGAAGGUUAAAAUUAAUAUUAGUAUUGCUAAAUUAAAUAUAAAGAAGUGAAUUUAUGUAUUGUAUACUCUUGGAUGCACACAGAGCCUUUUGAAAUAAUGUUAUUGCUUGUUUUCGACACA